CACAAAACCAGAGUAAAUAAUCAGACAACAUACAUACUGCGUUUGCUCAUAUUGUGGCGCAGACCGGCCAGUAAUCAUGUGGAUCAUAUAGUUACUUUGUAUAAUACACAAUCCACAUUAGGAUAUAAUUAGAAUACAGGACUGUUGGGUUAUCCAAAACUAUUAGUAUUGGAAAUCUAUUCCAAACAAGCCUAAUUAUGUACCUAUUUGAUGCGUAAUGCUGAAUGAGGUCUCGCUUUAUUUUUGUCGUGUGCACUGUGCAUAGGCUAUCUUUGUGUCCCUUUUGAAUACAGCAACAGCCAAAUGUGCCUACAUGGCAAAAAUGACUAAACAACAUUUUAAAACUCUCAAACACUCAAACUUUUUACAGAUAAUAAAAAAACGAAUUAUAGAGGGAAAAUCGAGGAUUCUAUCACCUAUUAUUUAAAUUGCAGCAGAGUCGCUCGUACAGUUGUAUUUAGCAACCUGUCACCUAUUCACUUUCGGUAAAGGGUCGGAUGUCAUUGGAUUUAAUAAUAUGGGUGAUUAUCGACGAACGUUUUACACCAACUACUAGAGGUUGUGUGAAACGCUAACGUGGCUGUCACGUGGGAGCCAGAAACCGCGUCUCUUCGAAUCGAGCGGAGAGGACAGAUGCUUUAAAGAUCUCACUAACCUCCAUCACCGACCACUACUUGUCCAGACUGACAAAGACAUCUGAGGGCAGGUGCACUUUGGGUGACUGCCAUUUGAACGUUUAAAGUGCAGAAAGUAUGCCAAGUGCUUACCCAGACGCGUAAUAUCAAGCGCGAGUUCCCACCUCUUCUCUUUGAUCAAUUUAGAGGGAUUACAAAGGAUGUUGGAUUCCAAGGAUUCUAAUGUGAAAAUGACAUCUAGUCAUAGGAUUUCUUUUUCUAUAAUUGACAUAUUGGACCCAAAGAAAUUUAAUAGCAAGAAGAAAAGCGAACUUUCUCCAACAAAGGACAAGCUUCCUUUGCUGAACGCAGGACUGGCACAUUUAGAAGCGGACACUGGCGCAGAUGGAGAGGAGCCACUUGAGCGCAUGGAAGCUGGCAAACACACAAAGACUGACCGCUCAAGUAGUGAGGAUCUCAAGCACCAGGUAACCGCCAGCAACCCACUUUUAGUACACUCAGCGACUGAGCCAGAGGAGCAAAUAGAGGGGGACGUGGACAGCAUCAGCAGCAGCGCCGAAACUUCAGCCACACAUGAACUCUUGCCCCACAAACGGCGGCGCUCGGAUCUUGGUUGUGCCAAGCCGCGACGCGCAAGAACUGCCUUCACCUAUGAACAACUGGUGGCUCUGGAGAACAAAUUCCGCUCUACGAGAUAUCUGUCUGUGUGUGAGAGACUCAACCUGGCUCUGUCCCUCAGCCUCACUGAGACGCAGGUCAAGAUCUGGUUCCAGAACAGAAGAACCAAGUGGAAGAAACAGAACCCGGGUGCGGACAGCACAAUGCCACCCGGGCCCAACUCUUUGGUCAGUAUCAACCCAAGUCCUGUGACUUGUGUGUCGAGUUCAGCCAAUUACCAAACGUUCCCGUCUUUCAGCUCUGGGAACAUGAUCUUUCAUACUGAUGGUGCGGUUCCUUUGUCGUCCACUGGAGGGAUGUUACAUCCCUUCUUACCCAAUGGUUACCACCUCCAGCCGUCCUACUUUACUCCACAUUUAUGAGACAUGCCCUGCUUCAUCUACUGCGACUUGGUCACAUUGUGAUUGUAAUUAUUGGACUCUCACAAAAGUGUAAUUUUUUAAGAGGGUCUGUCCAUAGACCUAAUGACAGACAUCAGUCUUCACCCUUAAAUGAUUUGUUAAGAUGAUGGAGAAAACUCUUCUGAAGGAGCCUGAUAUGUAAGGCUUAUUUUCAGAUAUAUGGGUGGUGAACAAGACUAUUUGUCAUUAGUAUAUCUGACGAUGUUGAUACAGCUGCUAUUCAUCGAAUUCCUCUGCAGCAAUGUAAUACGAAAAAACUGCUGUAUGUAGAGUGUAUGUACUAUAGAGAUAGUCGGCAAGAAUAGGGAACUUAACCAAUAUCCUGUUUUCUCUUUCCCUGUAUUUGAAUCUGUCAGGAGCUAAAUGUGGCAUGAUAAAACACCCAUCUCUCCUUGCUGUAGAUUUGUAGGGUCUCACUCACGUGCUUUCGCUGUUCACAUCUGCCAAUCUUGAAAAAUAUUAAAAACAUAUGUACAACAUAUAGUCCUAAUAUAUUAUGAAUGAUGUUUUUUGUUUUGGGUGGUUAGAAGCGAGAUGGAAUUAAUUGUGCAAAAAAAACAGAUCAUUUAGACUGUCACAGAAUGAACUACGAUCCUUGAUGCCAAGCUGGUGAAGGAGGUUUAAUCGCAGAUCAGAUUAAUUUGACUCGAUUCUGUAUCUCCUUCAGGUCAGCAUAGCUCCAUGUUAUUGAUGUCAAACAUUUGAUUUUUACCUCACUACAAAACAUAUUUAGUUUGCAAGGACUGACUCAAUUGCUCAAUUCAGGAUUUAAGAAAUAUAUACAGUAUAUUACUAGGGUGCAUGUUUGUGGUGAUGAUGCACUUGAGAUGAGUGUUGUUGAAAUGCAUUUUGGAUCACAAAAAGGUUGAUUAUUUUGUUUUAGUAAAAGAGCAGCUCUGUUUAGUGCAGAUAAUUGUAAUUGUUUUUAUCAACGAUGCCUCCAUCCAAUAAAUUCAGAAUGUUU